GGGUGAGCUGCGCACGGAGUUGCGAUCCGAGGUGGAGGUAACGUCAAUUUGGGGUUGCAGAGAAUCCAGGCUGUGGCGCCUCGGUGAAGGUGCUUAGCCGAAAACAUGUCUCAUCUACCGAUGAAACUCCUGCGCAAGAAGAUCGAGAAGCGGAACCUCAAAUUGCGCCAGCGAAACCUAAAGCUACAGGGGGCUUCAUUGGCGAGUCUAUCAGAAACUCAAAAUGGAGGUGUGUCUGAAGAAACAGUGGGAGGUGGAAAAGUCAAAAAGUCCUUGAAACAGUCUGUGAAUGUGGACUUGCCAGAAGCCCAAAAUGGAGAUAUGUCUAAAGAGACCAUGAAAAAUGUAAAAGUUAAAAAAUCCCUGAAACAAUCUAUGAAAGUGGGCUUGUCCGAAACCCAAAAUAGAGAUGUAUACAAAGACACAAUGAAAAACAUAAAAGUUAAAAAAUCCCUCAAACAGUCGAUGAAAGUGGGUUUGUCAGAAACCCAAAAUGGAGAUGUAUCUAAAGAAACUGUAGAAAAUGUGAAAGUUAAAUCCCCUAAUAAAUCUACCAUGUUAACCAAUGGUGACGCAGCAACGCAGUUUCCUAAUCCAGAAUCAAAGAAGAAGCGGAAGAAGAAGAAGAAGAGAAAGAUAGUGGAUGAUGCUGGACCAGAUACCAAAAAAGCAAAAGUUGAAGACCAAGGGGAAUCUGAAGAUGACCAGGCUCCUGAAGAAGCAGAAGAUAGUGUGGAGAAGCCCGGUGACGAGGAAGAGGACAGUGAGGUGCCCAGUCUACCUCUGGGACUGACAGGAGCUUUUGAGGAUACCUCAUUUGACUCCCUAACUAAUCUUGUCAAUGAGAACACUCUAAAGGCAAUAAAAGAAAUGGGCUUUACGAAUAUGACAGAAAUUCAACAUAAAAGUAUCAAACCACUUCUGGAAGGCAGGGAUCUUCUAGCAGCUGCAAAAACAGGUAGUGGCAAAACCCUUGCCUUUCUCAUCCCUGCAGUGGAACUCAUUGUAAAAUUGAAGUUCAUGCCCAGGAAUGGAACAGGAGUCCUUAUCCUCUCACCUACUAGGGAACUGGCCAUGCAGACUUUUGGUGUUCUUAAGGAGCUGAUGACACACCAUGUUCACACGUAUGGGCUAAUAAUGGGUGGCAGCAACAGAUCUGCUGAGGCACAGAAACUUGCCAAUGGGAUCAACAUCAUUGUGGCCACGCCAGGUCGUCUCCUGGACCAUAUGCAAAAUACCCCAGGGUUUAUGUAUAAAAACCUGCAGUGUCUGGUUAUUGAUGAGGCUGAUCGGAUCUUGGAUGUUGGGUUUGAAGAGGAAUUAAAACAAAUUAUUAAACUUCUGCCAACACGGAGACAGACCAUGCUCUUUUCUGCCACACAAACUCGGAAAGUUGAAGAUCUGGCUCGGAUUUCUCUGAAAAAGGAGCCACUGUAUGUUGGUGUUGAUGAUGAUAAAGCUAAUGCCACAGUGGAUGGUCUUGAGCAGGGCUAUGUUGUUUGUCCCUCCGAAAAGAGAUUCCUUCUACUCUUUACUUUUCUUAAGAAGAACAGAAAGAAGAAAUUAAUGGUCUUCUUUUCCUCCUGUAAAUCCGUGAAAUACCACUAUGAGUUGCUGAACUACAUUGAUUUACCUGUUUUGGCCAUUCAUGGAAAGCAGAAGCAAAACAAGCGAACAACCACGUUCUUCCAGUUCUGCAAUGCAGAUUCAGGGAUCCUCCUGUGUACAGAUGUAGCAGCGAGAGGGCUGGAUAUUCCUGAAGUUGACUGGAUUGUUCAGUAUGACCCUCCUGAUGACCCCAAGGAAUAUAUACAUCGUGUGGGUAGAACAGCCAGAGGGCUAAACGGAAGGGGACAUGCCUUGCUCAUUCUGCGCCCAGAAGAAUUGGGUUUCCUUCGUUAUUUGAAGCAGUCCAAGGUACCAUUAAGUGAAUUUGAGUUCUCCUGGUCUAAAAUUUCUGACAUUCAGUCUCAGCUUGAAAAAUUGAUUGAAAAGAACUACUUCCUUCAUAAGUCAGCCCAGGAAGCAUAUAAAUCAUACAUUCGAGCAUAUGAUUCUCAUUCCCUGAAACAGAUCUUUAAUGUUAAUAACUUAAAUUUGCCUCAGGUUGCUCUGUCAUUCGGUUUCAAGGUGCCUCCGUUUGUUGAUUUGAACGUCAACACCAACGAUGGCAAGACAAGAAAGAGAGGAGGUGGCGGUGGAUUUGGCUUCCAGAAAGCCAAGAAAGUUGAGAAGGCUAAGAUCUUUAAGCACAUAAGCAAGAAGCCAUCCGACAGAAGACAGUUCUCUCACUGAAGACACCAUCCUUUCAAUUUGAAUAGCUUUCUUCUAAAAUGGGUUUUUCUUCCUCAUUCUAACAAAUGUUUGUACUGUUAGGAUUUGAACCUAUCGUAGAAGAGUAUACAUUGACUUAGGUUGCAAGCAUUCAGCACAGUUAUUUCCAGCAAGUCUUUUAUUUUUGAGAUAUAAAAGAAGAGUUGUUUUCCUUUAUUGCCCAAGAGCAAAGCAACAGAUCAAUUUUGUCUUUGUUGUGAUAAUAGAAUAUUUUUAAGUUUAAAUGUUCUCCAAAACUUGUCAUUGUUUUAAUCAAAUUAUUUUUAUACCUUUCCUCCCUGGUGCCUGAAGAUGUCUGUGGCACCCGGGGAGACCAGGCAGCUCAGCUGUAGGGCAGGUGCCCUCAAGCCAGAUGGUGAAAAGGAAGCUCGUCCCUCUGUAUUCUUUGGGUUUGAUUGAUUCUUGGACCUUUACACUGGUUUUCUCCCCUCCUGAAAAUGCUGCAGUGUAAAGGGUGAAAGCUUUGGGAAAUCACUAAGACAUGCCUCAGGUGGAAGUAGCAUUGUUUUUUUGUUUUGUUUUGUUUUGUUUUCCUUUGUAUACAUCAGAUUCUAGAACAGUGGAUCUGUUCCUUUUUUUUCAAAGGAACAAAAUAUGUGGGUUGUCAUUAUUUGAACCGAGUACCCCUUACAGUCCUAAUGUCUGGGGUGAGGGCCACAAAUCUGAGGUUCUUGAGCCUCGUUCACACCAGUAGAGAUGUAAUCUACUGUGUUCCAUUUGAUAACUAGCAAAGACCAUUUUUUUAAAAUUUGGCCAAAUUCAUUCAAAUUUGUUGAUUUUAAGUGGCUUAGUUUGGGCAAGUCUUUCCAACUCUGCAGAUUUACUUAGAAGGCAAAGCCAGUCCAUUGUAUGGUACAUAGUAUAUACUAAUAUUGGCAUCUUGCCUCUUCCAGAUCCAUAAAACAAAAACAGACUUAUGGUAAAAACUGAAAAUGAACAGCGGUCAAAAAAUGCAAAGAAUAGUUUUAAGCAGAUAGGUUUGCUGAAGCUCUGAAUCCUUACUGUGUUUUUAUGUUGUAUUUCUGAUGUGUUUAACUGUAAAAUGGUUAUUACAUUUUGUAGUGAUUCAAAACCAAAGUUGCCUGCAUCAUUCUGCUGUGCUAGUUGUACAUAUACGUACAAUGAGAACAUCAGAUUAGAGCUUUCCGGUGGGAAGGAACAUGAAUGAUGCUCCGCGGCUGGGCUUGACUCACCUGGCUGGCCCUGACCUGGGUUUCACAUCUUGCUUCCUGGGCUCCUGGCUUUGUAGUAAUUGCUUCCUGUCCAGUAACUUGGGAAGUGGGGGGAAGGGUGGUUUGCUUAAGAAAUAAUCAUGUUUCUAAAAAUAUGCAAAGCCAAGAGAAGAAUAAUCACUGAACAAAAAGUAAAUGUUGAUGUUUUGCUAUAUAAUCUGGUGUUUUGUAUAUUUUUAAUUUUUUAUCGGAAGUGAAGUCCUUACCGUUGUUACCAGCUUGUUUCAUAACAUCAUUUAUCAAUGUCAUUAAAUAAUUAC